AAUUACUAAUACUUUCACUUUUCGUCUGAUCGAGUGCUGUAAGUGUAAACAAUGUCGAAAAAUCUGGAAGCGUAUGAUUCUGCAUUGCUUGGUAUCAUUCAGCAUGAAGGAGAGAUUUUAAAGUUUCUUGAUGUAGUCUUAGGAUUUCUGUAUCGAAGGACUGACUUUUACAGAGUUAUGAAGUCUAGAGACGACAAAUUAGGAUUUCCACCUGGAGUGGCUGCCAAAAUGUUGCUUAAUAUGUUCAAAAAAUAUGAUGACCUUACAAGAAAAGAUGAUGAGGAAAGAGAAAAGAUCAUGCAAAAGAAGCAACAUCAAGAGUAUGCUGUCCCACCACCUGCAAAGAUUGUAGAAAUCAGCUUAGAGACUAACACUACACUCUCCACUACUGAAUCUCCAAAGCGACAGUGUAAUGUUAAUGGAAAUCCCACUCCUGUUGAAACAAAUGAGGAAUCAAAACCACAACAAAUGUCUGCAACCUCCACCAGGGACAAAGAGCCAGACCCAAACAACCCACCACCAUCAAAGAGACAAGAUGAUGAGGACGACCCAGAACUUGCCGCCAAGCAGAAAGUGUUCCAAGCUAACCCAGAGAGUUACAAUGGAGCUGUCCGAGACAACUACUCCUGGUCACAGUCAAUCACAGAUGUUGAUAUCAGAAUUCAGAUACCAAAUUAUAUUGUGAAAGGAAGGGAUGUGAAAGUAGAUAUAGAAAAGAAACGUGUGAAAGUGUCACAUAAGACAGAUAGUGGUUCUUGGACAGAGAUUGUCAAUGGUGAUCUCCCCUGGGAAAUUAACAAAGAAGAAUCUAUGUGGACUUUGGUACCGAAGGAACAUGUUCAUAUUAAUCUGGAAAAGAGAGAGGAAAGAUGGUGGGAGGCGGUUCUAACAACGGAGGAAAAGAUCAGCGUUCGUAAAAUAGAUGCUAGUCGACCAAUGACAGAUCUGGAUGAUGAAGCACAGGCCAAAAUAGAGGAGAUGAUGUACAAUGAACAACAAAAGAGGAUGGGGAAACCAACCUCACAAGAGCAGAAAGUCCAACACAUCCUUAGAGACGCCUGGAAUGCAGAGGGGUCACCUUUUAAAGGGCAGCCAUUUGAUCCCACCAAGAUUAACAUGGACCAAGGAGGUGUUGUUACUAUAAACAACCAGGAAGAACCAAUGAAACUGUGAGCAUCCAAUGGAGGAAAAACUCUGAUGACCUUUAUAAUGUAUGCUUUCCUGCAUAUAUUCAGGAAGAAAAAUCUUGGUUGGAUACACGGUGGAGCAAAUGAAGCCAGAUGCCUGCAGUGUGCAUGAUUGUACUGAUUAGGCAUCGUGGUUUUCAAGUGCAAGUAGAUGAAGUAAACAUUGUUAUCUGAAACUUCUGUUAAAUCUCUUGUUCCUUUUAAGGGAUACAUGUUUGUUUGGAUACACGUAUACAAAUUAUCAAAUGUGCAUGCACUAUGAACAGCUGUAAGUAAAGCUAAAAAUAGAAAUUCACAAUACAUUGUAACCUUCAUUCAUUGUUAUUGAAGCUAUUGAUGUCUUGUUUAUCACACAGAUAAAUAUGUUGUAUUUAU